UAAAAUACUCGCGACGGUCACUUGUUUCCAUGGAGUCAGUGGAAGCCAAAAGCGGAUUGAGUAGCUAACAGCUAGUUAGCGUUAGCUGGUUGUUUACACGGCUUUAAAUAUGUCAGGACGUCACAGUAGCGAACAUCUCGAGACUCUGUUUUCUUUUGAGAUUUUGGUGGAAUAUGUCCGAAUCGACAAACAAACUAAGGUUUCCGAGGACCUCGCGCUGGGGAUACGGCUGCUGGAUUUCCCAACGCUGCUCAUUUAUCAGGCUCAGCCGCGGAGUGGCCACGUUAAACCACAAGAACCAGAUGAAAACGACGAGUAUGGCGAGUACGUGUUCAACAGAGGCAAGCGUUGUUUCUUCCAAAUGAACCUGGCUUCACUGCGCGUCAACCUAUCGCGCACGCCUCUUUACGCCAUGGUGCUGGACGUGAAAGAGGACAUUCCUAAACUAGUAGGAUCCUCCAUGAUAUCCUUGGCUAACGUGGUGGACAGAGUGAGCCAGGAUGUGACUUUACGUGGCGUCUCUACCCCGUCUACACACGGAGAGAGGGGGCUCGUGUAUAUAAGCAAUCUCACCGGGGAGAAAAUCGGAUCGGUUUCUUUGAGCUAUAAAUUGCUAAGUCUGGGAGCAAGUUUACACGCACAUAUCAGAGACAGGCCAAGUCAUGAAGGCAUCGAAGUACAAGAAUGCAUCACAGAGACUAAUAGGCCUACAGAGUUAUUAGGUCCUGACUGUUCUCCCACUCUGGACAAGUCUGAUGUUAAUGUAAACAACCAGUCCCACAGACCAGUAAAUACAAAAGCCAUGAUCAAUGAGAGUCAGGAUGAGAAUCAUGUGAGUGUUAAUGAUGAACACAUACCAAACAGCCAAAUUCCUGAAAUACCAGAAGAACGUGACAACAUUUUGGAGGAGGAUUUAAGCCUAUUCUGUCCUCCAUAUCUUUACUACACUAAUUCUGCAGAGGAAAGGAGGAAAGCUGAAGAGGCAGUGGAUUUUAAACUACCACACUUAGAUGCAGACUCUUUUCCAUAUGAAGACUCUGAGGACGAGUCGACAGGACAAAAUGAACCUGAAGCUCCUACGUCUCCAGUGAUGCACCAGCAAGUCAAACAGAGUGCACCAAGUUCAAGCAGCCAACAAGCAAGUGGGCGAAGUCCAAACACACUUGGAGAAUCCUUACGACAGUUGCCUCUAUUAAAUGCUCUCUUAGUUGAGCUGUCACAAUUAAAUGGCCAGAACCUGCAGCAGCCGUUGUCUGUUCACCCCAAUCUAGCCUGGAUUUAUAGGCCUGCUUCUGCAGAGCCUCCAGCUGGGCAAGCAGUCAAACCGCUGCCGGAACCUCAAAACUUAAAAAAACUGCCUGCACCCAGAAACUGUUCAACACCAAUUUUAAGACCUGCGUCCGUAAAAAAGAAAGGCCAAAAACAAGAGUCAUCGAUACAGAUCAAAAGCUCGGAUAAAUCUUCAAAGAAGCUUGUAUUUGGAAUAACUAAAACAUUUAAUCUAAGACUAAAGCACAUUUCUCCUUCUGUAAAACGACGCGAGUGCAUGGAGCUAAUACAGAAUGACACACGGUCAAGUGUAGGCAAAGCAAAGACAAAGACCAAGACGAUCACACAGGCCGGCAAAAGGAACUCUGUGAUAAACCAUAGCUCCAGUCUCCAUGAAAAUAUUGAGACGAUGAUAGAAAGUGUCACAGUGGGCUCUGCGUUACAAGAAACAAUCACACUAAAACCAAAUAACAUGCACGCAACGCGUCAUGGUAAACAGGACAGAGACUCUCGGCCAAUUUCGGAAAAUCGUUCCCUUUCUGAAAAAGGCUCGACAUGUAUUCACAUCCCCACUGUGAAUAGCGACAGUGUCGCCGGAAACAAAGACAAGACUGAGCAUCACAGCGAAUCAAAUCAAUCACGGUCUGAUCCUGACAGGCACCCAAAGAAAAUUGAAUCUUCAAGAAGCAGCAGACAGAGCAGCUCAAAGUCUUCAUUUUCAGACUCCGGUGGGGAGGGAAACGAAGACGGAGACUAUGCUGAUGACUUUAACAGCCUUGAACCCAGUGAUGCUUAUUCUCCUGACCCUGUGAACAGCCCCGAGCCCAGUAGAGCCAAGACUCCAAAGUCCCCUGUUUGCCCCAACUCCAACAACUCUGACUCAGACUCAGACUCUGAAGUUGUUCAGAGGAGAGCAGUGCUCCCCGUGCCCAUCAAAGCCCCCAGCUCCCCUCAGCGAACUCUGAGAGGUACAUACGUCAUUCGACCUAAAAUCCAGGCUUCGGCUCUCAGUUUUUCUUCAGAUGACGCCAAAGGAGAUGGAUCGUCUUCUUUACAAAGCAUGUGCUCCAGAAACAAAGUGACAAAAAGUACCAGACUGGAAAGGACGUCUGGAGCUGAGAGUUUCGUAUCAUCCAGAGGUGACAGGAGUGAGUCACUGAAGACCAGUGGCCCAGUUCGGGAGCUUUCUGCAGACUCGGCGUCCUCUUUUGGGCUGCAAGAGGCAGAGGAAUUGGAGGAUAAACUGGGAUCUUUGGAUUUCAAAAAAGAGUAUCAGCAUAUUUCUGAGCUGGUCGCCAGCAGACUCCCUGGUUACACCAUGUAAACGACAUGUAACUGCACAGAUUACAAUGAUACUGACAAAGAGGAACAGAUAAGUGUUAUACUUGUGAAGUAAAAAUGCUAUAUAAAUAAAGAGCUUUGUAGAAUAGUGUGGUCAUUUCACGUUUUAUUCACUCUGUUAUUGAACAUUUGCAUCAGGUCUUAAACCAUUAAUACUAAAGUCAUUUUUGCUUUUAAAUCAUUUUAUAUAUAUUUAAAUGUUUAGUAGAUUUGUCACAAGAUGGAUUUGGAUUUCAGCACAUAUAUCACCUGCUACUUUGCAUUUCGCCUCCAUAUUAUUUGAUAAGCAAAUUAAUUUAAAACCAGUGUGCUGU